GUGCCAUCAGGAAAAUCAACAGGUGGCAAAGAAGCUUGUGUUAUUGUUGACAACCAAUCAUCGUACUUUGGACAAUCAGUAUGGAGUAUUGUCGAAAAGAUAAAUGGCGAUGCCAAUAUGCUUUUGGAUAUUAGUAUUGAUAACCCUAGUGACCUCGAUGACUAUUUAAUAGCUGCUGACGGAACCGAAGACAAGUCAAGGCUUGGUGCAAACUACACUUUGCCGCUGAGUAUCUGCUGUUACAAACUAUUUUCACACUGCUUAAGCCUAAAGCUAUGGAGAUAUAUUCAAUGCUUAACAGAAUCUAAAUACACUAUUCCAACACCCUACUUUAACAUUUUGAAUGGUGGGGUUCAUUCAGGAAACAACAUCAGCUGCCAAGAGAUAAUGGUUGCAUUUCAAGAAUCCUCAUUUGAAAAGAACCUUGAGCGCGCUGUAGAGCUAUACUAUUCAUUAAGGGAUGUGAUCAUAGAAGAGUUCGGUUUAAUAUUCACCUCUGUUGGUGAUGAGGGUGGAUUUGCACCGCCAAUCAAAAAUUUGGAAGAGGGCUUAAAUUUGAUAUUGAAAAGUGCCAAGAAAGCCUCAAUAACCAACUUUAGAAUAGGACUUGAUUUGGCUGCCAAUUCAUUCUAUUCCGAGGUGUGUAUGUGGUUGAUGGUCAAAGUUUUGAUGGAAAAUCUCUGGCCAAUCUGUAUAAUAGACUCAUUAAAAACUAUCCAAUUGCCAGUAUUGAGGAUCCUUUUGCAGAGACCGAUAUUGACAGUUGGAGGUAUUUGUACGGAUUGGUUGGUGAUAAAGUCACCAUCAUUGCUGAUGAUCUGA